AAAUUUUUCUCCCCCCCCCGAGCAAAAUGGCUGCGCAGGUCGACCUGGCGCGCGUCAAAUGUGGAGGAAAAGUGGAAGAGAAGAGCAGGGACGGCGGGGACAAGGCGGCGGCCAGGGAGAAGAAGAAGAAGAAGAAGCGGGAGCGCUCGCCGUGCGGCGACAGGCACGAGAGAGCGGAGAAGGAGGCGAAGAGAGUGAAGCUGCAUCACCAACAUAACCAGCAACACCACCGACACAACCACCAACAACAACACGCUGAACAACGGGCAGCUUUACCUCAGCAGCAGCAGCAGCAGCAGCAGCAGCAGCAUCCACCACCACAACAACAGCCACCGCAGCAGCAGCAGAAUAACUCUCAGCCGCGCCACUUCGGCACCAAAGAGCGGCCGCUCGCGCAGCCACGGACCCCGUCGGGCGAGCAGCACCACCACGGCCCCAAGAAAGCAGCCGCCGCCGCUCUCCCAUGGACGCCGCGGAAGACUCCUCCAGCGGCCCGAGUUUCUCCGAAGGCGGCCGUGUCCGCUCUGCUGCAGCCCGCCCCGCUCUUCACCUUCCCUCCGCUCACGGUCGCCAAGGCCGAGCCGCGCGAGCGCAAAGAGAAACGCAUCGAGAAGGACGCAAAACUAAAGGCGAAGAAGGAAAACGCAGAGGCGAACGUGAAAGUCCCGGAAAACAAGAAAAAGAAAGAGAGCCAUAAUGAGAACGGAAAAACUCAGACCCUGGAGGAGUACCUGCUUAAAAAGAAGAAGAAAAAGAAGAGACAUCGGGAAGAUGAGCGUGGCAAGCGAUUGCGGAUGUACAACAAGGAGGUGCAGACCAUGUGUGCUGGGUUGACGGGAGACUGUCCCCCUUCCUCAGACGAGCCGGCCGUACUUUCGUACAUCAAAGAUGAGAAGCUCUGUCAGACGAGCCCUGGCCUGGAAGAGUAUCGCACCCCCAAAGGGGUGCAGAUGCCUUUUCUCUCCCACCAAGACCAUUUCAUUCGCAGCUCGUGCCUACAGACGGGCUCUUGCUUUAGCAGGCUCAUACAUGAGGAGAGGCAGCCCAACGGAGGGGCAUCGGUGCUGCACGCUUACGCUGACGAGAUCUCUUUUCUGCGGCCUGGAGACACUGAGAGGUUCGCCCGGGAGUUCCUCGAGUUGGCCUUCAGCGAAACUUCUAAGGGAGCGGCGCGCUACGCGCUGUCUGUGAUACAUGGUGCUGCUGCCUACCUGCCUGAUUUCCUGGACUAUUUUGCCUUCAACUUUCCCAACACACCAGUCAAAAUGGAAAUCCUAGGCAAGAAGGACAUUGAGACUACUACCAUCGCUAACUUUCACUCCCAGGUAAGCCGAACAUACUGCUCGGGGACGUACAGGGCCGGCCCCAUGAGACAGAUCAGCCUGGUGGGGGCCGUGGAUGAGGAAGUUGGUGAUUAUUUCCCUGAGUUCCUGGACAUGCUGGAGGAAUCGCCAUUCCUCAAGAUGACCUUGCCAUGGGGCAGUCUGUCCAGCCUGAAGCUGGACUGUCGUUCUCAAAGCGACGACGGGCCUAUCAUGUGGGUGCGACCAGGAGAGCAGAUGGUUCCCACAGCUGACAUGCCGAAGUCUCCGUUUAAGAGACGCAGAUCCAUGAAUGAGAUCAAGAACCUGCACUACUUGCCACGGACCAGCGAGCCCCGGGAGGUUCUGUUUGAGGAUAGGACAAGAGCCCAUGCAGACCAUGUGGGCCAGAGCUUCGACUGGCAGAGCACGGCCGCCGUGGGGGUCCUGAAGGCAGUGCAGUUUGGAGAGUGGAGUGACCGACCGAGGAUAACCAAAGACGUGGUCUGUUUUCAUGCUGAGGACUUCAGUGACGUCGUGCAGAGGCUUCAGCUUGACCUGUAUGAGCCUCCUGUGUCACAGUGUGUCCAGUGGGUGGAUGAUGCUAAACUGAACCAGCUGCGGCGAGAGGGCAUCCGCUACGUCCGCGUACAGCUGUGUGAUGACGACAUCUACUUCAUCCCUCGCAAUGUCAUCCACCAGUUCAAGACUGUGUCUGCUGUGUGCAGCCUGGCCUGGCACAUCCGCCUCCAGCAGUACCAACCUGAGGAUGAGGGCAAGGAAGUAGAGGCCAAGUCCAGUGAGCCAAAAUCCAAAUCUCCUCCAGCAGCCGAGACCAAAGCUCCGUCCUGCACCACGGGGCUGCAGAAAAAAGAGCUAGCGGCAAAUUCGGCAACCAAGUCUGACAAGCCUGUUUUCCAACGACCGGCCACACCUCCUAGAGAACCUACGCCAGUCCCUCCUCAACCGGCUCCUCCUCAGCCAGCUACGUCUGCUCACGCUCCCCCCAGUCCCGUGUGUUUGGACCGCACCCUUGGCUCCUGCUCACUCGCCACCACCUCUCCAGAGCCAGCGCUUCCUCAGGCUUGCCUAGAACCCAGCCCAGACGCCGCCCUCAAUAGCAGCGCCCAUUGCAGGCCCACUGAUCUCCCCGAAUAACCUGCCAACCAAACCCCUUCUUUCACAGGUGGGCUGAAAUUUAUUUAAUGAACUUGACUGACAUUCCAGUAAAGAAGUUGGACUGUCAAAAAAGCAUAUUUGGACUUCCUGUAAACUUAUAAAGACUAUAUAUUUUUUUCUUUUUAAGGUUUUGGUUAAGAAAUAACCCCGUAAAUACUUUUUAGGUUUUUCUCAGCCAAAGUAUUUAAUUUUAAUAAUAUUUUUGCUGAUUACUCAGUGUUGUUUUAUAUUUGUUUAUAUCUGAAAUGGAGAUCUCUCAAGAGGAACUUUUCGUAUCGUUUCCCUAACUGUGCAUCAUGUGGAUCAGCAAAUUGGUUUUUACAAAAAAACAAAAAAAGUGCCUGUCACAAGUGGAGAACAGCAAUCAUGUCUCAAAAGAAGCAAAUGAUCUUGGUCUUGUUCUUUUCCCUGGUAGUUCUGUUUGUUAUAUUUAAGCUUAGGCUAGAGAACUGAUAUCAGUUGAAAGUGAUUUGCUUUUUCAUCAAUGAGCAGGAUUGGUUCUGAUUUUGUGUUGUGCUGUUUGGCUUGAUAAGAAAGCUAAUUAUUUUCAUGCUGUUUUCCAAAUGAGUAAUAAACAAGCAACUACUCUCAAAGAGAAAGGCUUUGCGAACAUGCAUCUCUUUCAAGUUUAAUUGCGCCGUGCACACAGAAUUUAGGAUCUGACGGCAGCAAGCACAGAGCAGAAGUUUCUAAUGGGUAGUUUAUAGCUCUGAUGCUGAUGGCGUGCAUUUGUAGAAUAAUUAGCUUAUUUGAUAUGAAUUUCUCAGGGUCCUUCAUCCAGGAACCACUCGUGCUUUUUGAUGCCAGGUUUCUAUCUGCAAUUGGAAGCUCUAGUUAAAUUUGUUAUAGUUCUCAGCCUUAACCCACAACUGGUUGGUGUUUUUGGUAGGAAAUAAGUUGAAGUGUGACCAGACUGAAACACCAUUGUACAGUGCAUUUCCAUUCACUUAAGCCUCCUCUGAAUUUGAGUUUUUCUCAGACGCAGUGGAUCAUUACCUCUAAUACCAAUUAAAAGGCCUGAACUGGAUUGGAAGUUCCAAGUUUCUGCCGGUGUUCGUUUGGUUUCAGAAUGUGGGUGGUCUGUGCCUGUAAUUCAUUAGCGCAGAUGAAGGGCAGUUGGAAGCUGCUUGAUUUAAUGACUUCUGAGAGUGAGAGUGUGCCAACUAAAUCGCUAUCUUUAGUGCAAUUCUAAAACACGCUAAACAUUAAAGGCAUAAUGCUGGUUCUUGGUAUUCUCAGUCAUUUUGAGUAAAGAGCGAUUGCCUGACUUAAACGUUUCGAGCCUUUUUAAACUGUGCUUUUUCUAUUGCCUGAGUACAUUUGCCUUGCUGGUUAAUGGACAUUUUCUUCCUGUUAUCUGUCAGUGCUUGGGAUUUAACGUUACUCUUUCUUCCAAGCUGUUCUCCUUGAUCAUAGUUCUUGAUGGGGCAGUUCUGUCAAAGACUUGCUUGCUUUUCACACAACUAUGGGAAAGCCGUAUAACAUGAUCAGGUUCUGAAGCUCCAUUUUAUGAAGGAAAUAACAGUUGGUCUUUGCUAAGUAACAGUUUAAUAUGUAUUGUUCAAAUCACGACUGACUAUGCUCCAUUCUAAUCUAGUUCCCUGCUUCAAAAUGUUUAUUAUUUAUGUAUAUGUUUAUAGGAGGUAGGGGUGGGGUGUUCUGUUUCUUCUGUGGUUGAAUUUUAAAAUGUCCCUAGUAAUUAAUGAUGAGCAUUUUUAGGACUGUACUAUCUGAGAUGGUAGUUUCAAAGUGCAAAUUAGUCAGUGCUGUUUUUAGUAAUAUUGUAUGUCUAAUGUAAUUUGCACAUGUCGGUAUGAUGAUAUCAUGCUCCUCAAAGCGGUUAUGUCUCAACAUCGGCAUUUAUUCACAUGGAAAAGGCUUCGUCGACCGUAGCCACGAAGUACUGUCGUUUCUUAAAACUGACCUUGUGCGUCAUCCACACGGAGAUUGGAAUGUAUUUCAUCUUCACACCAGCAAGAGAAUGAAUCCUAAUGGCUUGCUGCAUGGGUCACUCAUAAGAGGACUCCUUAAUGUCUUUCUCUGAUGCAGUGAUUGCCUCCUAGAUCAAAUGAGUGCCUUUUAGCAAGUCUUACUCUCAACGCAUGGUGUCCUACAAGCAGUUGUUCUUCCAAAUACUCGGAGGCGUCGAUUACGGCAGAGCUGCGCAGAGUCUAGCAAUAAUUAAUGUCCAUUCAUCAUUUGGCUAGACCUCAGUAAAUCAGUAAUGAGCCUUCCUUCGCCCUCUCGCUGGGAUAAAAUUUCACACAUACUCUAACAAAUGAGGGAGGCCAUUUUGUACAUCACAAAGAGGAAGACAUCGUUGUCAGUUUUAAUAAAGAAGCAGCUUCUACAAUGUGCAAUACAACACACAUCAUAUUUCCAUGUAUUUCACACAUUUCAGUGCGGUGACAAGGUGAACAGAGUCACUUCUGUUCUUUUGGGAUCACAGACUGUCUGUGUACGGCAGCGAGUUUAAAAUAACGUUUCUAAUUAUAUUUCAUCCUCACCAGGCAUUGACCGUUACAAUUCAGGACUUACAGUCUCGCAGGAAUUCAAGAGGAGAACUGUCGUUCAUCACUUUUGUAUGAUGAUGCAUUUUCUGGGAAUAAUUGGUAACUUGGGAAUAUUUACGUCGGCCUGCCUUUUUCCACUUUCUCCUCCCCUGGAUUCGUUCUUUCUAAGCACUUAAAGCUCUUAUUAAUAUUCUGUUUUAUUAUUACAUCGCAUAUAUGGAUAAACACACAGUAUGUGCUGUGUUACUUCUGACUACUGGCAGCUACUUUCCUUUAUUUUGUUGUUGUUAUUGUUAUUUAAGGUUUUUGAUUGUUCUGUGUACUAUAGGAAAAAAAUCCGCUAGAGAAUCAAGGCAUGCUUUGUGUGAGUUUCAUUCAAUAUCAUUAAUUGCUGUUGUUGAUGUUUGUAUUAAGAUAUUAAGAGGUCUCCAUUUUACUGAAUUUAUUUUACUUUUAUUUCUUUUUUAAGGACUUAGUCCGGUAUAAACAGAA